GCCGGCUAUCCACCACCACCACGCACUGACUGGUUGAUUCCUACGGUUUGUCACAGGCCAACAGCCGGAGCUCGCUCGCCGGCGCUUGUCCAGUCCACGCACAUGGCGACUCCGACCACGAGCCGUCUCCACGUCCACCUCCUCCCCGCCCUCCCAUCCUGCCCACCUCGCGCUCCGUCCUCCUCAGCCCCAUCAGCUCGGGGACCCAGCCGUCGGCUUGCCUCCCGGCUCUACUGCUCCUCGCCGCCGGUGGAAGCGCCGCCGUCCGGCAAGGGCGGCGAGUACCGGCCCUCCUUCGCCGACGACUUCCUCCUCGCCUUCUUCCGGGCCAAGAUGGUGGAGGAGGUUGGGUGGGAUUCUCAAAAGCCUGGAUACGACGGGCUGAUUGAAGUUGCGAAUCGCCUUAUGAUCAAGGGGAAGAAUGCUUCGGAGACUGAGCAGUCAGCUGUCCGAGUACUCCAGGCACUAUUCCCCCCUCUGUUGCUAGUCCUUUUCAAAGCACUUUUAGCACCAAUUGCUAAUGGCCAACUUGCAUCCAUGAUGGUAGCUAGAGCAACAGUGCUUUCUUGCCAAUGGCUGAUGGGCACAUGUUCAGUGAAUUCUGUGGCACUGCCCAAUGGGAAGUCGUUGUCAAGUGGGGUGUUUGUCGAGAAGUGUAAAUAUUUGGAAGAGAGCAAAUGUCUUGGCAUUUGUAUCAACACGUGCAAACUGCCAACCCAGACCUUCUUCAAGGAUCACAUGGGCGUCGAUUUGUAUAUGGAGCCAAAUUUUGAAGACUAUAGCUGCCAGUUCAACUUUGGAGUUCCACCCCCACCUAUCGACACCGACAAGGCCCUGAAGGAACCAUGCUUGGACAUAUGCACAAACGCGAGACGGCGCAGAGAGCUUGGCAGCAGCGGUGGCCCAGAUGGUCUAUGCCCCCAGAAAAUGGUGGACGAGGAGUUAACCGAUAUCAUGGUAGACAUGGAGUUUGGAGAACUGAUGAAAGACUGGAUAGAAGAUUGGUCAGAUGAUGAAAAUUCAGAUCGUGAAGAUCGGUCAGAGAAUGGGAACGAAUGGGACGAUCUUAAUAUCGAUGAGCUUGAUAAUGAUCAGGAAAACAACUCGGAGCUCUCGAAUGAAGAUUACAUUAGUCAGUUCAUUUUCGAAUGUCAUAAUGCGUACGACUAUUACGGUGAAUCCGACGUGGAGACAGGCCUUAACGACGAAUCAUUAGAUGCACCUGGUUCUGGGCAGUCCGAGUCGUCGGUCAUCAUGAGUGAGGUGAUACAAGAUGAUGGGGCAAAGAAUGUCCAAGAUACUGCCAGUGCAGAUGAUAAGAGGGAUAUGUUCAUGCAGAUAAUGGAAAUGAUUUCUACGUCUCACGAUGCUGCGUAUGACUCCUACAACAACUAUGCUAGAGAUAAUGGUUUCAACAUUAGAAAGAAUAAGGUUAGGUAUAGCAAAACAGAGUCAUGUCAUAUGCGUUAUAGGCGGUUUGUUUGUUCAAGACAAGGGAAACGUGACAGCAAGUUGCUAACCGAGGAAGGACACAGCCGUAGGUUCAGAGCUGAGACACGCUGCUUUUGUGAAGCGCACCUGACCGUCAAGCUUGACCAAAAGCGUGGGGUUUGGUAUGUUGAAAGUUUUGAGGAUAAGCAUAGCCAUAUGUUGGCAGGACCAAACGAGGUACCUUUUCUUUGGUCCCACAGAAAAAUCAAAGAGUACCAGAAGCAUGAGAUAAUGUUCAUGGGAGCUGCAGGGAUUAGAAUUGACGACAUGAUGGAUUGCUUCAUCAGCAAACAUGUAUGGUACAGCGGUGUUGGUUUUACCAGGCGUGAAAUAUACAACCUUUGCGCCAAGGAGAAGAGGAAGUUGCUUUCAAAAGGUGAUGCUGCCACAGCCAUAGGCAUCAUGUCUAGUAGGAAACAAAGGGAUCCUAGCUUCUUUUUCGAGUACAUGCUAGAUAAGGAAGGACAUUUGAAUAGGAUGUUCUGGUGCGACUCCCAGUCUCGUCAUGACUAUGAGGACUUCGGCGACGUGCUUGUAUUUGACAGCACGUACAAGAUGAACCGCUAUGGUAUGCCAUUCAUACCUUUUGUUGGUCUUAACAAUCACCGGAAGACCACUGUUUUUGGUUGUGCCAUAGUUUCGGACGAGACCGAGGAGACAUACGUGUGGCUUCUGCAGACUUUUUUAAGGUCCAUGUGUCAAAAGAUGCCUAAGAGUGUUAUCACAGACGCCGACACUGCGAUGAUCAAGGCAAUUCGCGAAGUCUUGCCAGACGUGUGGCACCGUAUAUGUACGUGGCACAUAGAGAAAAAUAUGAAGAUUCACCUCAGUCACAAGUCCUUGAAGGAGUUCCGAACUCUUCUGUACUACAGCACGUCCACAGUAACGUUUGAGGAGAGAUGGCACGCAUUUUCCAAAAGAUGGCAGUCGGAAAAAACUGUAACAUGGUUGAGGCGGAUGUAUAAAAAGAGGAGACCGUGGGCCGCGGCAUAUCUAACAGAGGGGUUUUGGCUUGGCAUGAAAAGCAACCAGCAGAGUGAAAGCCUGAACUCAUGCCUUCACCUCCACCUAGACGGUGAAAUGACCCUGGUGGAUAUGAUUUUGCACUAUGAGAACACCGUUGUGCGUAUCCGUGAAAACGAGGCGCGAGAUGACUGCACGGCCUCACAGAGUUUACCGGUGGCAAUUACUAGCUCGAGGGAACUUGAGAUAGCUGCUUCUCACGUCUUCACUCCAGCAAACUUCUAUAUGUUGCAAGAUGAUCUUAAAAAAAUUGAUGGCAUGGAGAUUAUAGAAAUAAAGCUGGGAGAUGAAUCACAGCAGUACAUCAUGGCCUGGAAGAAUAACCGGAGGCGCCGUUUUUGGGUGGAGUAUACACCAGUAAAUUCCGCAGAAACUAUAAGGUGCAGCUGCAGAAGAAUGAUUCGAAAGGGUCUACCUUGCAAGCACAUAUUCCAUGUACUGAAGCACUUGAACAUAUCUGAAAUACCAAAGUGUUUAGUUCUUAUUCGGUUCACAAAAGAAGCAAGGUUGGGACUGCCCGCGAGGCGCACAAGCGAUCUGUUGGGAUUUGGUUGGACUGGGGCCCGGGAAAGAAUGAAAUAUAGCCAGGUCAGUGUGUUAGCGUCUGAAGCUAUACAUGCGGCAUGCAAACACCCUGCUUUGUGGGAUCAGUUACAGGAGAGUUUGAAGGAUGUGAUAGCUAAGAGGCAUGAGUAUGAUCUGCUACAGGAAAAUUUGUUGAAGCAAACAAAUGACAUCAGUAAGUGUGCAGUUGAAUAUGUGGACGAUGAUGAAGGCAACAUGAUUGAGGUUAAAGAUCCUAUGAAAGUGUCAAGCAAAGGUGCAACAAAGGUAGAUGAGAGCCGCCCUGUCUCGAAAAAUGGUAGACCACUCUCUAUUGAUGAGUUGAAAACCCGGUGCGGCGCUUGCAACUUGGUUGGACACACUAGACAUAGCAAGAAAUGCAAACUAAAUCAGAAAAUUAGAGAGGGAACAAGAGUAGAACACUUGCUUCAAUUAUUUACUGUGUUAAUCGGCCGGCUCAUACUUUGGCUAAGGUAGCUGUAGGCGCUUCUGUUUCUUUGGUUUGGAGGCUUUCGCCCCCUGAUUGUAUCCUUAGUGUAUUAGCAGACGAGAUCCCAGUCUUUGUUUAAAUAAAGUAAGAUGUUUCCCUCUAAACAAAAAUCAAAAAAAUUCUUUACUGUGUAAUGACCGGGGCGGGAGGUAGAAAGAAUA